UCCUUCACAUCACAGUCAACCAAUGGGACCAAAUCACUGCGACUCGAACUGGACACAAUCAGCAUCGGAUCGCAGGGAGCAGCAGCAGCAGCAGGAGCAUCAGAAGGCGACGGGGGAGCGGCCAACAUAGGAGCAGCAACGUCGGCAGCAGCUGCCCAGGGCCCCUCGAGGAUGUCUAGCCGGAAGCCGCCAGGAGGCUCUGGAGGAGCUGAUGAGGCCACAAUAAUAACAGCCUCCUCCCUGGACGACAAUGCCAAUGCCAGCGUGGAGAUUCCGGCCAGCAGCGAGGAGCCAUCAGCGGGCGAAGGCGAAGGAGCAGGAGCAGGAGAGCUGGCCAUCAGUAUCAAGGCGAGCACUCCAACGCCGCCAGUGGAGGCGGCUGAGGAGUCGCCAGCAACAGAGGGGGAAGCUGAAAAGGAGCUGGAAGCCAAGGAUAUCCAAGCCAAGACGCCCACGUCCAGCACCAGUGAUGCAGUGGCGGCCAAGAGCCUGAGGGUCACCCGGCUCUCGUCGCCGCUGCUCCUGCCCAGCUCGCCCACGACCAGCAGGCGUGAGGCCGGCGACGCAGCACUGGACAUAGGCGAGGAGCAAACAUCAUCGUCGGCCGGCCAAAGGAAGAGCUCUGUGGAGCGAUCCAUGGCGCCGGUCAUACGCGGACGCAAGUCCAUCAAGGAUCUAAAAGAAGCCAAAGAAGUCAAGUCCGAGGAGGCGCCGCCAGCAGAAGCAGCAGAGGAGCUAGUCGGCGAGGGCAACGAGUCCCUGGAAUCCCCGCCAGCCACGGACAAAAAAGACCACAAAGACACAAAAGACAAGGAGGAGGAUAAGCAAAAGGAUGUCCAAGAUGCAGGAAUAAAAUCUGCAGAGAAGGAGAAAUCUGUGGAGAAGGAAAAGGAGGCAGAUAAAGAUAAGGAGAAGGACAAAGAGAAGCCCAAGGAGGCAGUAACUCCAGUAACUCCAGUGACUCCCACUUGCAACCGCGUCACCCGCAAAUCGCAUGCCCAGGAGCAGCUGGUGGUCAACACGCGGGUCACGCGCAACCGUCGCCAAUCCGCCACGGCGGCCGCCUCCUUGGCAGCCACAUCCUUGGCGGCCACAGUCGCCGAGCAACUGCCUCCCGCCCGCGGUCGCCGGAAGAAGCCAGUGGCUCCGCCAGUGGAGCCUGCGGUGAAACGAAAGCGAUCCCAGGACGCAGACGCCGAUCCGGAGGCCACCAGCAGCGCCAAGUUCAGCAAGGUGGAGCAGCUGGUGAAGCUGGAGGAGGUGGAGGCGCCAGCCGACGAGGAUCCAGUGACCAUCAAGCAGGAGCCCCUGGAUGCGAGCGAGGUGGGCCUAUCCCUAUCGCCAUCAGUCACGCCCGCUCCGAUUUCGGGCAGCCGACGGGGACGCGGGCGGCCGCAGAACAGGAACUCCUCCUCGCCGGCGGCCACCACGCGAGCCACGCGGCUCAGCAAGGCGGGAUCGCCGGGCAUCCUGGCCCAGGCUCCCGAACCGGCGCCUCCAAAGCGACGACGAGUGGGCUCCAGCACGCGGAAAACCGCCUCGGCCAGCUCGCUGGGCGGCGCCGCCGGGGACGAGGACUCCAAGGACAGCAUGGCCUCGUCCAUGGACGACCUGCUGAUGGCCGCCGCGGACAUUAAGCAGGAGAAGCUGACGCCGGACUUUGAAGACAGCCAGCUGCUGGUGGCAGAGGGCCUGCCCUCCACUUCUGGUGCCUCUAAUGCCUCCGCCAAUGGUCAUUCCUGCAUCGAACCGCUCACCGUGGACACGGAGAGCGUGGAGAAGCCCGCUGAGCCCGAGGCGAAGCCCAAGGAGUCGCCGGCGGCGGCCGCAGUUGAUGAAUCCGCAUCCGCAGCGGCGGAGAAGGCGCCUUCCCUCAGUCCCGAGAUGAUCAGCGAGGGCGUGAGUGCGGUGAGUGUGCGCAAGUUCUACAAGAAGCCCGAGUUCCUCGAGAACAACCUGGGCAUCGAGAAGGAUCCGGAGCUGGGCGAGAUUGUCCAGACGGUCAGCAGCAACGAUGUGGAAUCGGUAACUCCGCAAACCGAAGAGCACAAUGAAAAGGAGGUGGAUCAGAAGGAAGAAAAGGAGGAGGAGCAGCCAGAAAAGCCAGAAAUUGUAACCGAAGAUGUCUCCGAAGUUCUGGCCGAAGUUCCACCCGAAAUUCCACCCGAAAUUCCCCUCGAAAUUCCAGUGGAAAUCACAAGAGAAGCCGCCGAGGAAGAGACCUGUUCGAAUUCCUCCCUGAAGGCAGGGGAACUCCGGCUGGAGGAGAGCACGGAGGAGCCCGAGCUGCUGCUGGACGAUGGCCUCGUGGUCAAUGGCGAUGAGAUCGCCUUGGAGCAGCAGCAGCAGCAGCAGCAGCCGCCGGCGGAGGAGGAGGUGCGCAUCUUCCACUCGGAGGAGUACGAUGACUUCGAGCACGAGAUUAUGGAGGAGCUGGCCAAGGAGGGUGUGCUGGACGCCAGUGGCAAUGCGCUGAGCCAGCAGCAGGCCGAAUCCAAGGAGGCUCCCUCGCCCGCCGACGAAAUGGUGGCCAUGGAGGUGGAGGAAUCCUACGUGGACAUCAAGCAGCCGACGGAUCAACUGGAGGAGGAGCCCGAGGACAACAAGGAGAACCUGUCGGCGGUCAGCACGGCGGCCGAGGCUCUGGACAUCCAAAUAGAACUCAAGGAGAACGUCGACGACGAGGAGGAGAAGCCGCUGGCCGAGCUGAUGGAGGUGUCCAAGGAGGCGGAUGGCGUGGACGAGAAGCCGCCCAAUGGCAAGCAGGAGGAGGAGGAGGAGGAGCCGGAAAACCAGCUGCAGAGUCUGCGGCAGGAGCAGGAGAUUCACCUGCAGAACCUGGGCCUGCUCACCCACCAGGCGGCCGAGCAGAGGCGCAAGAUUCUGCUGGAGGCGCAGGCUAGACAGGCGCAAAUGCAACUGCAGCUGCAGCAGCACAAUCAGCACAAGCGACAGGGAGCGAGGGGAGGAGGAGGCAGCGGAGGAGGCAGUGCCACUCAUGUCGAGUCCAGCGGCACUCUGAAGACGGUCAUCAAGCUGAACAGGAGCAGCAACGGCGGCGUGGGCACAGUGAUCCACGGCGGCAGUGGCUCCUCCUCCGCCUCCGCCGCCUCCUCGACGUCCUCCUCCUCGGUGGGCAGUGCCACGCGCAAGUCGAGCGGCGUCCUAAGCUCGGCAGCGGUAGCGGGAGCGGGAGUGCGCCGCCAGUCGCUCAAGAUGACAUUCCAGAAGGGUCGGGCUCGUGGUCACGGAGCCGCAGACCGAUCCGCCGAUCAGUAUGGCGCCCACGCCGAGGACUCGUACUACACGAUUCAGAACGAGAACGAAGGUGCGAGAAAGCUUUAUGUGAGCUCGGGUAAUCCCGGCCGCAAGACCAAUAACCGUUUCAGCUCGACUAACAACCAACAAUCCUCGGUAGCAAGCAACCUGCACGGUAGCAACUCGGCGCUCCAGUACUAUUCCUCGCAUUCGGAGAGCCAGGGACAAACGGAGCACGGCUUCUACCAGACGGUCAAGAAGGACGAGAAGGAGAAGAUCCUCAUUCCGGAGAAGGCCUCCUCGUUCAAGUUCCACCCGGGGCGGCUGUGCGAGGACCAGUGCUACUACUGCAGCGGCAAGUUCGGGCUCUACGACACGCCCUGCCAUGUGGGCCAGAUCAAGUCUGUGGAGCGCCAGCAGAAGAUCCUAGCCAACGAGGAGAAGCUGACGGUGGACAACUGCCUGUGCGACGCCUGCUUCCGCCACGUGGAUCGCCGGGCGAAUGCGCCCUCCUACAAGAAGCGCCUCUCCGCGCCGGGUCAUUUGGAGACGGGCGUGGGCAGCUCGGCGGCGGCGGCUGCUUUAGAGAAGCACUUUGACUCCGUAAUUCCGGAGGCAAGCGGAGAGACAGCGGCGGUUUCAGCGGGAGAGGCAUCCGCUUCCGGAUCCGCUGGCCCGCAUCAUCGCUCCUGUGCGGUCAAGGAAUGCUUGGAGGCGGCCGGACACUCGCUGCGGCGCAAGUGCAUCCGCAAGAGCGUGAAGAAGUUCCAGCUCAGCCUGGAGAUUCCCGCCGGCUCCUCGAUCGUGUGGCUCUGCGAGGCGCACUACAACACGGUCAUCCAGUUCUCCGGCUGCGUUCUCUGCAAGCGGCGGCUGGGCAAGAACCACAUGUACAACAUAACCACGCAGGACACCGAUCGGCUGGAGAAGGCGCUCGCCGAGAUGGGCAUCCCGGUGCAGCUGGGCAUGGGCACUGCCGUCUGCAAGCUGUGCCGCUACUUUGCCAAUCUGCUGAUGAAGCCGCCGGACAGCACCAAGUCCCAGAAGGCGGAGUUUGUCAAGAACUACAGGAAGAGGCUUCUCAAGGUGCACAAUCUGCAGGACGGCAGCCACGAGAUGUCCGAGGCGGACGAGGAGGAGGCCCCCAAGGCGACCGCCGAGGGGCAGGAGGAAGAGGAUGCCGAGAUGCCCCUGGUCGUGGACUAUGACGGGCCAACCGACUCCAAUUCGAGCAGUUCUUCUUCCACUAAGCAGAUGUCCAAGCUGCAGGCCAUCCUGCAGCAGAAUCUGGGAGCAGAGGGAGCGACAGCAGGAUCAGGAGCAGCUCCUCCAACCGGAGCCAGCGGAUCAAGCGCAACUGGAGCUGAUAUCUCGAACGUGCUGCGCGGCAAUCCAAACAUCUCGAUGCGCGAACUCUUCCACGGCGAGGAGGAGCUGGGCGUGCACUUCAAGGUGCCGUUCGGAUGCAGCAGCAGCCAGCGGACGCCGGAGGGCUGGACGCGGGUGCAGACCUUCCUGCAGUACGACGAGCCGACGCGACGCCUCUGGGAGGAGCUGCAGAAGCCGUACGGCAACCAGAGCUCCUUCCUGCGCCACCUGAUCCUGCUGGAGAAGUACUACCGCAACGGGGAUCUCGUCCUGGCGCCGCACGCCUCCUCGAAUGCCACCGUUUACACGGAGACUGUUAGCCAGCGACUGAAUUCUUUCGAUCACGGCCACUGCGGCGGAUUGGGCAAUCCUUCGGCGGCCCCUUCUUCCUCCUCCAGCAGCAAGCGCAGCGGAAUUCCGCAGCCCGCGGGAGCCAGUGUGCUGGCCACCGCCCUCACAACGCCCUCCUCAUCCUCAUCCUCCGGAUGCCUUUCAGCCGAACAGCAGGCAUCGGUGGUGGAUCCCGUCAUUCCGCUGGUGGAGCUAAACGAUGACGAUGAUGGCGAGGAGGGAGCGACAGCAGGAAAAGCGGUCGAUGGAGAGGAGUCUUCGGUGGACAAGCUGACCAAGCAGCUCAGCUCGAAUGCGGUGACGAUUAUUGCCCGCCCGAAGGAUAAAUCGCAGCUCUCCUCGAACAGCGGAUCCUCGACAUCCCUUUCUAGUUCCUCCUCGGCCAUUUCUUCGCCCGAGGAAGUGGCCGCCGCCGCUGCACCCGCACCACAGUCCAAGGAGGCACCGCCACUGGUGCCCGCUGCCGGCGGCAACAGUCGCAGCAUCCUGAAGACCAAUCUCCUGGGCAUCGGCAAGGCCGUGGAAAUUGUGCCGCUGACCCCCGCCGCCGCCGCCUCAGCCCCCUCGGCCUCCUCAGCCCCAGUCAAUGUGGAGUCCAUGCUCACAUCCAUCAUCUCGAAGACCAGCAAGUCGACGGCCUGCCAUAUACCCGAGAUUCUCGAGGCGGCCAACUUGGCCAGCGACUUUGCCAAGCUGCAGGGCCUCCAGGCGGCCAUCAGGCUGCAGUCCAAGCUGAAGCCUCCCAUGGGAGCGGGAACUAGUGCCCCACAGAAGCCUCCGAAUCUGGCCCAAUUGCAAAGCUCGCCGCCGGAGCUAAUCAGCCUGCAUCGACGGCGGACGAGCGGAGCGGCAGCGGCGCCGCCGGCAAACAGUCUGCUUGGAAAUCCUCCCGGCAAGCGACUGCAACUGGCACGAACUGGAGCAGGGCCUUCAGCGGGAACGGGAACGGGAACGAGCGCCGCAGGAGGACGCGCACCGCCGCCCAAUGUGGUCAUACUGCCGGACACGCUAACGCCCCAGGAGCGGCACGAGAGCAAGAGCUGGAAGCCCACGCUGAUACCGCUGGAGGAUCAGCACAAGGUGCCGAACAAGUCGCACGCCCUCUACCAGACCGCCGACGGCCGCAGGCUGCCCGCCUUGGUGCAGGUUCAGUCCGGCGGCAAGCCAUACCUCAUCUCCAUCUUCGACUACAACCGCAUGUGCAUUUUGCGGCGGGAGAAGCUGCUGCGCGACCAGAUGCUCAAGGCCAACGCCAAGCAGAAGCCGCAGCAGCAGCAGCAGGCGGCUCAGGGAUCGGGAUCAGGAUCAGGGUCGCAUCACUCGGCCGCAUCGGCGGCUGCCUUCUCCAACAUGGUGAAGCUCGCCCAGCAGCACACGGCUCGCCAGCAGUUACAGCAGCUGCAGCAGAAGCAGCAGCAUCAGCAGCAGCAAAUGCCCACUUUGCAGCCAGGUGGCGGAGGAGGAGGAGGAGCCGCCGGAGGAGCAGCGGGCGUCAGGCUGGCACGGCUGGCGCCCAAGCCAAUGCCGCCGCUGACCAAUCCGCAGAUUGGCAGCCAGGCGCCCAGCUUCCAGCCGCUGCUGCCCAGUCCGCUGGACAACAGCAACAGCUCCUGGCUGUGGAAGAACUUUCCCGAUCCCAAUCAGUACCUGCUCAAUGGAAACGGAGGAGGCGGAGGAGGAGGAGGGACUUCCGCCGCCAGCAAGUUGCCACAUCUCACGGCCAAACCGGCCACGGCGACGAGCAGCAGCAGCGGAGGAGGAGGAGGCAGCAAGUCGGCAGGCAGCCUGUUCGCCCUCAAGCAGCAGCAGCACCAGCAGAAGCUCAUCGAGAAUGCCAUCAUGUCGAAGAUACCCAAGAGUCUGACCGUGAUACCACAGCAGAUGGGCAGCAAUGCAGGUGGCGAGAUGGGCGGCGGCGGCAGUUCCCCGGCAAGGACUGAUGACGGCGGAGGAGGCCGUGGCCAGGAGGAGCAGCGGUGGCCACCCGGCGGAGCAGCAGGCUCAACAAGAGGUGACAUGGAUAUCACAAACUCCACAAUUCCAUGGCUGCACUAGAAUAAGUGAUACACUAAAAAAAACAG